AACGUUCGUCCAGCCAAAAGGGUCUGGUUCCUCAUUCUGCUGCUUGGCUGAAGCAUCAGGAGACAAAUGAAGGCGACAACACUGUAACGGGAAUUAUCCUAACAACCAAUUGUGCUGGAAGUUUUACGCAGUAGGGUAAUAUUUGACAGGAAUCAUGGGUUGUAAAAAAUCCAAGCUGACAGAGGGCCAGAAUGGUGGCGUGAUUGAUAAGACACACCAGCCAGUACGUACUGACCAAACUGUUUAUGUGAGAGAUCCCACCUCCAGUAAGCCACAGACUAUAAAUGAUCCUGCCGCAUCUGGCUUGCUACCUGGUCAGGUUUUCCAGAUAGAAGAACAAAAGGAGAGGGAUAAAAUAGUCAUAGCCUUGUAUCCAUAUGAGGCUAUACAUGCAGACGAUCUGGGCUUUAAAAAGGGAGAAAAACUGCGGGUACUUGAGGAACAUGGAGAGUGGUGGAAGGCUGCCUCUAUAGCCACCAGAAAAGAGGGCUUCAUCCCGUCCAAUUAUGUUGCACAAGCGGACACCAUGGAAACCGAAGAAUGGUUCUUUAAGGACCUCACGAGAAAGGACGCAGAAAGGCAACUUCUGGCCCCGGCAAACAGACCAGGAGCUUACCUCAUCCGCGAGAGUGAAACCUCAAAGGGAAGUUAUUCCCUCUCCAUCAGAGACGUGGACAGCCAGGGCAUGGAUGCAGUCAAGCACUACAAGAUCCGCAGCCUGGAUAACGGAGGCCAUUACAUCUCUCCUAAAAUCACCUUCACAGAUAUUGGCAGCAUGAUAAAACAUUACCACAAGCAAUCGGAUGGACUAUGUCGGAAGCUGGAGAAGUCCUGCGAUAAACCCAAAGCUCAGAAACCAUGGGAUAAAGAUGCUUGGGAAAUCUCCAAGGAAUCAAUCAAGAUGGUGAAGAAACUCGGAGCUGGGCAGUUUGGGGAGGUGUGGAUGGCAUAUUACAAUAACAGCACUAAAGUGGCGGUGAAGACCCUAAAGCAAGGCACCAUGUCUGUAGAGGCCUUCAUGGAGGAAGCCAACCUGAUGAAGACUCUGCAGCACGAACGACUGGUGCGCCUCUACGCCGUGGUCACCAAAAUCCAGCCUAUCUACAUCAUCACUGAGUAUAUGUCCAAUGGGAGCCUUUUGGAUUUCUUAAAAAGUGAUACUGGCUGCAAACAACAGUUGCCUAAGCUCAUAGACUUCUCUGCUCAGAUUGCUGAAGGCAUGGCUUACAUUGAGAAGAAGAACUACAUCCAUCGGGACCUGAGGGCUGCCAAUGUGUUGGUUUCGGACAGCCUGCUCUGUAAAAUAGCUGAUUUCGGUCUGGCCAGGGUAAUAGAGGAUGACCAGUAUACUGCCAGAGAAGGAGCCAAGUUCCCCAUUAAGUGGACAGCACCUGAGGCCAUUAACUAUGGCUCCUUCACAAUCAAGUCUGACAUGUGGUCAUUUGGCGUCCUCCUGUACGAAAUCAUUACAUUUGGAAAGAUCCCCUACCCAGGCAUGAGUAAUGGAGAGGUCAUGACAUCUAUGCAAAGAGGUUACCGUAUGCCCAAACCCGAGAACUGCCCAGCCGAGCUCUAUGAGAUCAUGAUGACCUGUUGGAAGGACAAGCCUGACGACCGGCCCACCUUCGACUACAUGCAGAGUGUUCUGGAUGACUUCUACACAGCCACUGAGGGGCAGUACCAGCAGCAGCCUUAGUGAGGAGGAGUGGAGCUUCAGGGCAGCGGAACUCUCUAGAAGGGGCAAGAAUAACCCACCCAGACUGAAAAGAACAAACAUGACCCGAACGUGACAAGAGGUGUUGAGAGCUUUGUGGGUGCCGAUACAGCUGCUUGUUUGUUUUUUUCAAAAUCAAGCUUUAAUAUAUUGUCUCUUGUUCUUCAAAUUGAAGAUUUUCUGGAGUCUGUAUGUGUGGUCGUUGCAAAGCCCUCAGGACACAAGUGAGAAAUAGUGCCUUGUUCCAGACCAACCUUGAAAGCAUCUGUGGAACAUCACUCCCAAAAGACUGUGGAUCGAUGGUAUUGUCAUCUUUGCCUAGAACAAAAAAUAAAAUCUGAAUACACAGCAUCAUAUUCAUUAGCUACAUUUUUAUAUGAGAGGUAAGACUUUAAUGAGUUUUCCAAUGACUUCUUAAGCAUAUUUGUCACCUUCAAACUGUGAAUGGCAGCUUUAGUUCUACAAAUGCUGCAGUAUGCAAAGUUAAGGAGACAUAGCAGAGGUAUGGCUAAGAACAUAUUGAAAUAAAAAGCUAACAGCCAACAGACUUGCACUGCAAACGCCAACAACAGCACAAUUGGCGCUAUCUAGCUUGCUAACUGAUGUGCUAAUGGGAUUUUGACAGUUUAAUCAGUGACAUAAUGCUUUAAAAUGUUUCAACCUGAACCAGAAUAGCCUGGGCAGCCAACGGGAAGGCCAGGUGUGUUUAUGUCUCCUUCAGAUAACCAUGUAUCUUCAAAAUUAAUGUUGGGAUGUUUUGCAAACUAGCUGUCAAUUGAACUUUCCUUAAAAAAAAAGUAAAAACCUGCAUAAUGUAGCUGUAAGUAUAUAUUAAAAAUAGUCAUGUUUGCAUGACAGCUAUUGGUGUAUUGGUCUUAAAGGAAGUUAAUUCAGCUUGUAUUAAUUUAGUUUCACUCACACAUAUUUAAACGUAUUGUUUAAUAUGUAAUUGAAUUAAUAGCACUUUGUAAACAUGUCAUUUUUUACUGUGUGUAGAGUGAAAUGUACAUAAUAUAUAUCAUCACUGUCCUAUUAGGCCUUGAACUUUAUGCCUCGGUACAUGUCUGUGUAUGUCUUGUACUAUAGUACUGUACUGUAACUGUAAUGAUUUUAUUUUAUGUAAGUUGAUUAACCUGAUUUAAGCUCUUGGGUCUAGGGUUCAGUGUAAUUUUGUUUAGGUGAAUACAUCAGAGAUGCUUUGCUACAAGCAGAAAACUGCAGGAGCUAGUUUGUCUAACUGUUUAUCUAACAAUUCGAUUUUUGCUGAUGUUUAAUACAUUUCGGAAAUUAAAUUAAUUAAAAUGUACAGCACUGUAAAAUCUAA